AUUUCAGUUAAGGACUUAUAGCUUCUGAAUUCUCAGGGAAGGACUCUCCGGCGGUUAUAAAUACCGCCCGUUUUCUUUCGCCAUAUCCACACCUCCAACUUUCUCGAUAUUGUAUUCACACCCCUCCACUUACAUUUUAUUGCUAUCUUCUCCAAUUUUGGGCUCAUUUUUCCUCCAAGGAUGACGGUCAUCGUCGAUCAACCUGAGAUUGGAACUCAAGUGGAGGAAAGGAAGAAUAUUGGGAAACGGAAAUCUAAAAAGGAGUUAACCUUUGACGGAGGAUUUGUGGUGCCAAAUGCCAAUACAUUUGGCCAUAACUUUAGGGAUUAUGAGGCUGAAAGUGAGAGGCAAGAAGGUGUGGAAAUUUUUUACAAGACCAAUCACAUCAACCAAACUCUUGAGUUUGUGAAGAAAAUGAGGGAAGAAUAUAGAAAAUUGGACAAAAUUGAAAUGAGUAUUUGGGAAUGUUGUGAGUUGCUCAACAGUGUUGUUGAUGAGAGUGACCCUGAUUUAGAUGAGCCUCAAAUUGAGCAUUUGCUACAAACUGCUGAGGCUAUAAGAAAAGAUUAUCCUAAUGAGGAUUGGCUUCAUUUGACUGCCCUUAUCCAUGAUCUUGGGAAGGUCCUUCUUCUCCCUGGAUUUGGUGAGCUUCCACAAUGGUCUGUUGUAGGUGAUACUUAUCCUGUUGGCUGUGCAUUCGAUGGUUCCAUUGUGCAUCACAAGUAUUUCAAGGAAAAUCUGGACUACUAUAAUCCAACUUAUAAUACCAAAUUCGGAGUUUACGAGGAAGGCUGUGGACUGGACAAUGUGUUCAUGUCAUGGGGCCAUGAUGAUUACAUGUAUCUGGUUGCAAAAGAAAACAAAUCAACUUUACCAUCAGCCGGCCUAUUUAUCAUUAGAUACCACUCAUUCUAUGUAUUUUCCUGCAAAGCUAAGAUGGUGAAAUGUUGA